UAAGUUUCGAGUGUGACAAUGUGGAUACUUUUUACGUGUUGUUUUUAUGAGAUUUAUUAACUGUAGCAAACCGUUUAACUGGGUGCAAAUCAAACACGUGAUGAUGUUCUCUAUUAACAGUCAAAUAUUAUCGAAUGAUAUUACAUUAUAGUAAAUGUUUAAAUUAAUGUACCAUCGAGGUUAGAAAUACCGAAUUAGUUAUGCGAUGUAACUGAUUUGAAACAUUGACCAAACAUGCCGAAAUUCCGAAUGCUUCCACGUACUUCGCGAAUCGUGGCAUUAUGCUCCGCCGCGAAUUUUAUAAACGCGGCAGAUCGAGUUAUAAUGCCUAUAGCAAUCGUUCCCAUGACGGAUGAAUUUAAAUGGGACUUGUAUUGGCAAGGCUGGAUACUUUCUGCCUUUGCCUUUGGUUAUUUUACUAGUCAGAUUAUUGGUGCAAAUACAGCAAGUCGUUUUGGAUGUAAAAUGGUAUUAAUGUUGGCUGUUUUACUGUGGUCUGUUAGCACAGUUAUAACUCCAAUCUUGGCUCAAUCAAUUCCAUUGCUCAUUAUUUGUCGAGUUCUUUUGGGACUUGGAGAAGGCCUGGGUCUGCCAGUUAUUUUUCACCUAUUUGCACACAAUGUUCCUGUAGAAGAACGAUCUAGAGCAUUUGGAUAUCUUGUAGCAGCUGGCUCUGUUGGACAAGUUGUUGCAUCUGUUCUGUGUCCUCAUCUGUCAUGGCAAACAGGAUUUUAUUUAUUUGGAACAAUUGGCAUCAUAUGGACGCUUUUGUGGCUAAUGUUAUAUGAUGAAACUAAUUCCCAGGAUGAAAUUCCAUUAUUUGUACCUAAGGUAGUCGAUUCAUUUAAAUUGUUGUCUUGUAUGAAUAUAAUACUUAAGGAUGAAUUAAUAUUUCAUAAUUUGAAGGUAACACAAAAUAGAAAUCUGCGUUGGACUGAAUUCAUUUCUCAUUGGCCUUUAUGGGCAUUGUAUAUAGCACAUUUUGCAAUGAAUUGGAGCAAUUACAUAAUAAUGCAAUGGUUGCCAACUUAUCUAGCCAGAAAUCUUUCUGCCAAUAAAGAAAGUAUUAGUUUCACAGCAUUUCCAUAUAUUGUGAAUUCUCUUGUUGGUAUUGUUGCUGGACAUAGUGCUGACAAUCUAAUACAGAAGAGAUGGCCAGUCCUAUCUGUAAGAAGAUUAAUGACAAACAUAGGUUUGAUUGGACCAGGUGCAUUUUUAUUAGCAUUCUGUGCUGUAGACAAUUUACUUGCUGCAGUAAUUUUCGUGUCAAUAUCUAUGGGACUCUGUGCAUGUAAUUCUGCAGGACAUCUUAGUAAUCACGCAGAUAUAGCACCAAAUCACGCGGGAAUCACGUUUGCGGUUUCUAACACUAUAGCAACGAUACCGGGUAUUUUGUGUGGUCCGUUAACAGCUGAAUUAGUGACCGCGUCACAUGGUCGCUGGUUGCCUGUUUUCAUGUUAGCAGCAGCAAUUAAUUUUACAGGGGCCAUCAUAUACCAAAGUCAUAGUUCAGCGCUUCCAGUAUUGUGAUAUGUGCUGAGUAAAACGAAGUUUACAAGUAUUUAUUAUCGGAGUCAACGAAGAAACAUGAUUGAUAAGAACUUAUACAGACAUACCUUCCUGGGUUAUGAUCGCUGGAUACGAUUUUUAAUGAAAAUUUUAAACAUUUAUAUGAUACCAGUAUGGCAUGUUUAUACAUACAUCAUACAUUGGUUAGUUGAAGACAUAUCAAAAUACUGGGCAUGUAUGUUAUAAGAGAAUUUCAUAUAUUCCUUGCGUUCAGUUUGCAGUUUACGUCAACGUAAUGCAGGUCAUUCAUUAGAACAGUGCCAUAAUUUUAUGCACGCAAUGGAAUUGGUUGAAUGACUCUCUUACCAAUUUGUAAAAUACAUUAGCCUAACUAA